AAGGACUACUAUAAAAUACUGGGCAUCUCACGGCAAGCAACGUCGGCCACCAUUCGCGCUGCAUAUCGCAAGCUUGUCCGUACAUGGCACCCAGACCGCAAACCCGACCAUCCAAAGGCUGAGGAGAUAUUUCUAGAUAUCGUGGAGGCAUACGAAGUGUUGAUGGAUGAGGAGCUACGAGAGCUAUACGAUCAA